GGUGAUUAAAAAAAAUAAAAAAUAAUCCUCUCAAUUUUUCCCAUCGUGUAGAGCCCCUAGCCACCUGCCGCAUGCCUUGAGGCUCUGAUUCAUAUUCUCCGCCGCACCGCCGUCAACCAGCGGUUCAACAGGACAACGAGAAGGAGUAGCUCUGUUCGAUUUAGCUCUGGUUCAACCGUCUCUGUAGCUGCAUCGCACCAUCACACCGUUGCACCGUCACUGUAGUUAGCCGAAAAUCCACAAUUUCAAAUUGAAUCUUGUAGCAAAGUCAUCCUUUAUGCCCACGCUAUGAGAAUGAAGACAGUGAUGAAGGAAUUGGUGCAGGUUUUGCAUUUCAUUUACUCGGUGGAAUUUUGGAGGAUGGCCAUAUUUUGGACACUCUCUCUCCUUGCGUCAUAUUUGCAAUUGUUCUUCACAAGGGUAUUUAGGGAGAGUUGUAAUGCCUAUCCCCACUGCCUUCCUCCGAAAAACAAGCACAGCAGACCCCUUUGCAUCAUUACUGGUGCUACAUCUGGUCUGGGUGAGGCUGCUGCAUAUGCUCUUUCAAAGGAAGGUUAUUUCAUUGUUCUUGUUGGACGGUCUUCCAAAUUGUUAUAUAAGACUUUGGAGGGGAUAAAAAAAGAGAAUAAGGAUGCUCAACUCAAAGUUUUUGAAGUUGACUUAUCGUCUUUCCAGUCAAUCUUAAAGUUCAAAAGCUCAUUCGAGAAGUGGCUCUCUGAUUCCUUCUUGCAUUCCUCCAUCCAACUCCUGAUAAACAAUGCUGGGAUGCUGGCAACAUCACAUCAUCUCACUGUUGAAGGCUAUGAUCAGAUGAUGGCUACAAAUUAUGUUGGUGCAUUCUCUCUGACCAAACUUCUAUUGCCACUUCUCAGAAAUAGCCCUGUUGGUUCACGGGUAGUGAAUGUUACAUCCUUUACACAUCGAAGUGUAUUUUCUAUGCAGGUUGACAAAGAAACUGUUGCUGGGAUGUGCUUCUGGAAAUCGAAUCCAUAUCCAUAUGCUCGUAUAUAUGAGCAUUCCAAACUGUGCAUGCUGCUGUUGUCAUACCAUCUUCAUCAGCAACUGCACAUGAUGGAUAAAUCUUGUUGGAUCUCUGUCAAUGCUGCAGAUCCUGGAGCAGUGCAAACCAAUAUCAUGCGAGAAGUCCCUUCUUUUCUUUCGCAUGCAACAUUUGUUGUCUUGAAACUUCUGGGCCUUUUGCAGUCGCCUAAUGAUGGGGUUAGCUCUAUACUUGAUGCUGCCCUUGCACCACCAGAAAUAUCUGGAGUAUACUUUUUUGGUGGAAAGGGAAGAACUCUGAAAUCUUCUGCACUCUCACAUGAUAUCAACCUUGCGGAGAAACUAUGGACCACGUCAUGCAAUCUCUUUGAAGAGAUGAAACUUACUUCUGAGCAUAAAGAUGGAUAAUUUUCCUGAAAAUAUGG